AUGACUGCGGCAGCGGCAGCGGCGUCGAAGAACGUCCUGCGCAGGGCGAUGCUCUAUGUGCCCGGCUCCUCACAACGCUUCCUCGAUAAAUCGCGCGGCCUGACCGUCGACUGCGUGGCGUACGACCUCGAAGACAGCGUAACACCUGGCCGAAAAGCCGAAGCACGCACUCUCGUGCGAAAAGCACUGGACGAACCUAUACCUUCGGGCGUCAAAGAGCGCGCCGUGCGCAUCAACGCCGUCGGGUCGGGUCUCGCGCUCGCGGACCUCGAAGAGGUGGUGAAAUCGCCGAACCUCACCACGCUCGUGGUCCCGAAAGUCGAGAGCGCAAGCCACAUGACAUUCAUCAGCGACGUGCUGGCACACUCGCGCAGUAAAGAGUUUGCCGAGCAGCACGGGCCCAUAAGUGUGAUUGCGCUGAUUGAGUCGGCCAAGGCGCUCACGAAUCUCAAUGAGAUAUGUCGUGCCGCGCCGCAUUUGCUGCAGGGGCUGACGUUCGCAGCAGAGGAUUUCGCGCUGGAUAUGUCCAUCACGCGUUCGCCGAGCCUCACGGAAUUUCUGUACGCGAGGCAAAUGAUUGCGACGGCCGCGAGGGCAUACAAUUUGCCGAGCACGAUUGAUUUGGUCGCGACGGCGUUUCGCUCAGAGGCUGAUCAUGAGAUGUUGGAGAAUGAGUGUCUAGAGGGGAAGGGUAUGGGGUACAAUGGCAAGCAGUGUAUUCAUCCUUCGCAGGUCGCGACGGCGCAGAAGAUUUUUAGUCCGGGCCAGAAGGAGGUCGAGUGGGCAGUGCGGAUCACUAUCGCACAGAAACGCGCCGAGGAGCAGGGAAAAGGUGCAUGGGCCAUGGAUGGGAAGAUGAUUGAUGCUCCUGUUGAGGGGAAGGCCAGAGCGAUUGUUCAGAGGGCCGAGUUAUGUGGCUUUGACGUUAAAGCUCUGAGGGAGAAGUUUAAGGAUCAGCAGCCUGAGUAG